GAACGCCCCUUAUCGAACAAAACAAGCAAGUUUGCAACCUGCGGGAAAAGAAGAGACGCUUAUAUUAAAUGCAUAAUCGCAACGGCACUUUUGCUGCAACCCAACAAAAUGUCUCAAACUGUGAAUCUAAUCGUCGCCAACAACGUUGGUUGUGGAAUGCCGGAAAGCAAAUGUUUCGCUCGUUCAGGUGUUUCUAGAAGAACAACUGCUCUAUAUUCAUGCCCUUCUAUAGGUCGAAGUAGAAUUCAUUCACAUGUCAAAAUUGUAGGACCAAAGUCUGGUUCUUUGGCUGCAUCUUUUGUAUGUAAAGCACAGAGGAACCCAGAUUUCUCGAGGCAAAACAAUAGGCAUGGACCCUCCAGAGGAAGGAAUAAGAACAAUGAUGCGAGAGAUAUCUUUGAUGAUUUUGAAGAAGAUACGCUAUCUUCAAAAAAUGGACCAUUGGUAUCACUUUCUUCGGGAAAAUUCCAGGCCACUUCAUCCCCUGGUCCUAGGGAGAAGGAGAUUGUUGAAUUAUUCAGGAAGGUUCAGGCGCGAUUGCGUGAGAGAGCUUCUGCCAAAGAAGAAAAGAAAGUUGAAGCACCCCGAGAGCAUGUUAAAGAGAAAAGUGCUGUAGAUUCCCUCCUCAACCUACUGAAGAAACACUCGGCUGAACAAGUAAAGAGAAGUGGCAAAGAAGACAAUGGGAAAUACCUUAACAACUCUGAUCAGCUGCAAGAAAGUAACCAAUAUGAUGGAGAACAAAGCACUAUUUUGUUUGAUUCAAAUAAUGUGCCAAAGGAUGAGUCUCGAGAAGCCAACAUUGCUUUUGCGGCUAGACCUCGGUCGUUUUUCCAAAGAAAGUCUCCUAUUCCACGUAUAAAGUACCAACCUGUCUCUAAUAAUGAGGAUGAUACUAAUGUAGUCCCAAUAGUUAGUGAUGAAAAUAAUGGGAUUAUUCGGGAUGAAAUAGUUUUGAAGCAUGAGGACAAGCCAGAGCCAGAACCUGAGUUUGAAAUUGAUCUUGAUACUAAGGACGAGCUGUCCUUCCCAGAAUUGUUGGAAGACGAUUCUCAUGAAUCUGAACAAACCUAUAAUGAUGAGAGCGUGGAGGAGCAGUUAGUGGUUCAAAAUGAGGAUUUGAGUGCUUUGAAACUGUCUGAAUUGAGGGCACUUGCAAAGUCUCGUGGUCUAAAAGGGUUCUCAAAAAUGAAGAAGGUCGAGCUCAUGGAGCUACUAACUGAGAGCUGAUUCUGAUGAAUGGUACAUGAAGGAAAAUGAAUACUAAAACAGAUAGACAAAUAUCAUGCUGAAAUACAUGUUGUUUUUGUUUUUCCUAUGCCUUUUAGAUGAUGUUUCUUUGCAUUGUUUUUUAAUUUUUUUCUUCUAAAUAUUCCAAUCCAAGUACCUGGGUUGAGUGUUAGUGGAUCAUUAGAGUGAUAAUCACAUUAUUUUUGCCUUGGAGGUUUUUAAAAAUUUUUAGUUUGUGUUCUAAUUAUGAGAUGUGAGUUUAUGUCGGUGACUCAACCUUGUGGCAUGAAUUCAUUAUCCUAAUAUUUUGGCUGUCUCUUAGUUGUUUGGCUUAUGAAGGAACUUUUUUUUGCAA